AUGUGUUUCUCUCUCUCCUCCAGUAGGGGGCACCGUGGGCAACGGGACCAGAGGCGGCGGUCUGGCGACAGGGAGCCGGGCCUUCUGGAUGACCCCCCCUUCUUCCCAGAGCAUGUACCAAUAGGACGCCCCCCUGGCCCACACAGGCAGGGCCCUCCACGGUUACCAGGCAACAGGCGUAUGGGAGAAGGGGGUCGACGUGAAGGGAGAAGGGAGUCAGGGUCCUCCCCAAGCACUGGCAUAGGAAGGAGAGGCCCCAUUGGUCAGAGGAGGAGAAGAGAUGAGAAGUACACUAGAGAGCCCCCCAAGUCGCCCCCCCGCUCCUUGUCUCCCAGUCUGGAGCUUGGCCCUACGAGCUUCCCUCCGCUGCCCCCAGCAACAGCCUCCAGAGAAACACUUACCAUAGCAACCAGCAAUCACAAAGCAACCUGCAACCACAAGUGUGCAGUUACAUACAGCAGUACCAGCCAACCAACCACUGUGACAUUACAAUACCUCCAGCCUAUCACAGCAUUGCCUCAGAAAAACCUCCCCCCAGAGAAGCUGAAGGAAACCAUGUCAUCUCUCAAGAGGACCACAGCAGCUCCUCCGACCGUGAAAGAACCUAUCCAGACCACGAAGGAAAACAGACCAGCAGUGGAGUCCAAGAAGCCAAGCUACGCUGAGAUCUGCCAAAGGAUACGAGCCAAUCAAACGCUUUGCGCAAACCCCAUUGACCACACCCCAUCCGGGGCGGAGCUUGCCCCAGCCUAUCCUGCACAGGAGUCUGACCAGGCUCAGUUACCACGGUGACCAGAGUGAGCUGGUUACUUUUGGUUGGGGAGGGCAAGAGGGGAGGAGGAGAGAAGAGGAGGACGCUUUUCAAGCCAAAGGAAAAAAAUCUAUAGCCCUUUAAUGUUGAGGUUUUCAUUUAUUUUAUUUAUAAAGUUUAGUUAGUUUUAGAAGCCAAGUUGUAGAACUCUUGUUUUUCUCUGCUGUCUGUCUGUCCGUCUUGUGUCUGUCUGUCUGACUGAUGGAAGUCUCUGAAUUCUUUACGGUUUAAUAUUGAUUAAUUUAUUUUUAUGAAUAUUGAUUAGUAUUUAGACCAUCAGACAUACUUCUGUAUUAAUUCCUAAGUCUAAAUAACUUCCGCGGAACAGUUACAAUAACUACACUGAACACACUGGAACAGUUACAGUAACUACACUGAACACACUGGAACAGUUACAGUAAUUACACUGAACACACUGGAACAGUUACAGUAAUUACACUGAACACACUGGAACAGUUACACUAACUACACUGAACACACUGGAACAGUUACAGUAACUACACAGGAACACACUGGAACAGUUACACUAACUACACUGGAACACACUGGAACGGUUACAGUAAUUACACUGAACACACUGGAACAGUUACACUAACUACACUGGAACAGUUACAGUAACUACACUGAACACACUGGAACAGUUACACUAACUACACUGGAACAGUUACAGUAAUUACACUGAACACACUGGAACAGUUACAAUAACUUCACUGAACACACUGGAACAGUUACAGUAAUUACACUGAACACACUGGAACAGUUACACUAACUACACUGGAACACACUGGAACAGUUACAGUAAUUACACUGAACACACUGGAACAGUUACACUAACUACACUGAACACACUGGAACAGUUACACUAACUACACUGGAACACACUGGAACAGUUACAGUAAUUACACUGAACACACUGGAACAGUUACAGUAAUUACACUGAACACACUGGAACAGUUACAGUAAUUACACUGAACACACUGGAACAGUUACACUAACUACACUGAACAC